AUGGAAAGUCCACAAGAACUACAAGUAAAUCUGUGUUCAGCAAGCGACUCAGAAGACGAGUACUCCCAGUGUGCUCUCAGCAGAACGCUGCAGGCUCUGCGACAAGGCCUUCUGGAAACCAAAGCACAAAACCAGGAGCUGGCUGCAGAAAAUGCUGCUUUAAAAGAGCAGACAGUGAGCUGGGAGAAGGAAAAAAAGAAGCUGCUGGAUGAAAAGGACUCUUUAGUAUCAACACUGUUUAUGGCCAAAAAGGACAUGGUUAAGGCUUUAGGUUCUGCAAGAGCCAUUGACAAACUGUUUGACACUCAGCGCAAGGAGAUUAACAGAAUAUGUAAAGAAAAAACGGAGGAAGUCUGCUCCUUGAAGGAAAGUCUGCACUUCCAGAAGAUGGAGACCGAGAAAGCUGAACAAUUCUGCAAGGCAGAGUGCGAUCAGCUCGAUGAGAUGAAACUUUCCUUUGACAAAACUGUGAUUCAGUUAAAUGAAGAGUGGGAAAGCCGGUGGCUUGUAAGACAGAAGGAGGUAGCUGCUGAGCUGGAAACUCUGCAGCGGGACUGUGAGAAGAAGACGAGCCAGGUCAUCCAGGAGAAGGAUGACGUCAUCACCCGUGUUAGAAAGGAAAUGAUGGCACUGGAAGGGGGAAAUCUGGACAGCUUGGCCAAGGUGAGCGCAAUAAAGAUGGAGAUCCGCCAGAGCGAGACAGAGUGGCAAACAAAACACAAAGUUCUGGAGGAUCGUCUCCGGUGUGGGCUGGCAGCAAAGGAGGAGAUCUUUAAGAAAACGCAGGAGCUGCAGAAGCAGAGCAGAGAGGUGGAGGCGAAGUGGCUCAACAAGGAGAGCAAGAUGGAGGAGGAGAAGCAGCUCCUGAUCCAACUAAAUAUUAAGCUUCAGGAGCUCGCCUUAAAAACGGACAAAGAGAAGGCGAAGAUGAAAAAGGAGGAAAAAAAGGCAAAGAAGGAGACAGAAAAGAGGCUGAAGAAGGAGAGACAAGAGAAGGAAAAGAGAGAAGAGAAAGAAAGAUGGGACUAA